ACAAAACAGGCACUUCCGGAGCUCAAUUAGAUUAAUUGGACAGCUACCUGCGUGAAGGCGGGUCCUAAAUGAGUCGAAGUAACGCGUGGUUUGGUGAAAGCUUUGUGCCGUUAGGAUAAUCAAGAAUAACAUGGAGGCAGUUUUGGGAAUGUACUCCUACCCCAAAGAGCUGGCUGAUGUUUUUGCAGAGGAGUCGGAAAAUGACCGAACAUUUUAUGGUUUUUCUGACUUUGAAGUCGACGACCUCUGCGACCAAAAAUCAUAUUUGGAGGAUGGAUUUGAAGCCCAGCCUGACCCCACUCCGCAGCAGCAAGACUCCUCCAAGCCAGCCACUGCCCAGCCCUUCAGGCUGAGGGUGGCUCUGCGUUUUGGCCCCUCUGCUCAUCACUCCACUGAUGAUGAGGAUGAGGAUGUACAGCAAAAAGAGAGAGUUGUGAAGAAGGGAGGAAAGACAGGCCAGGCCAAGACUGCAAAGAAGGACAGACAUGUUAAAUUUGAGGACGAAGAGAAACCAGUGGCACAGCCUCUGCCAUCUGCAAUGUCUGGCUCUGAUUCACAGGACGAAUCAGAUUCCUUCCUGGCCAAAAGAGAGCUGAACAUCAAGGCGAACAAAGCUAUGUUGGCUCAGCUGAUGGCAGACCUGCAGAAGAUGCCAGGAGGAGCAGGGUUUCUGCAAAAAAAAGCUGGCAAACGGCCAAAGGAGAAAAGCUCUCGCCCGCCACGCUCCGGUGUGACUGGAGGGGAGUCCAGGAGGAACCCAGAGCGGGUGUCCCGAAGGCGGACCCGCUCCAUGAAGGAAUCAGAGGAUGCUUCGACCCCUCAGGAGGCAGAGCUGGAGCUUAGCCUGGAGGAGGAGCUGUUGGAGGUCCGCCGAGCCCCACAGCGUCGUGGCACCCCACGGCCUAAUCAGAGCAAACCUCAUAUUAUACGUCCAGUAGAGGACAUCACAGAGGAUGAGCUUCAGCUGGUGGCAGACAACAUGACUGACAAAGUCUACAACAGAGUCACGGGCUCCACAUGUCACCAGUGCCGCCAGAAGACUGUUGACACCAAGACAUGCUGCCGCAGUGAGAGCUGCCGUGGGAUUCAGGGUCAGUUCUGUGGACCGUGUCUGAGGAACAGAUACGGAGAGGACGUGAAGAAGGCUCUGCUUGAUCCGGAGUGGCUGUGCCCUCCCUGCCGUGGCAUUUGCAACUGCAGCUUCUGCCGCCAGCGUGAGGGCCGCUGCCCCACUGGCAUCCUGUUUCCCCUGGCGCAGUACCAUGGUUUCUCUGAUGUCCACUCCUACCUCAGCAGCCUCCGCAACAAACUGAAGAAAGAGGAAGAGGAUGCAGACUUGUAAUUUCAAGACACUAGAGGGAGCAGCUGGUCAAUUCUUUUUCUGUACUUGUGUAGUUGUGUCAAGGUUUUACUGCUGGAAUGGAAGUUGUUUUUUAUCUGAAUAAACUAGUUUUUGAUCAUCUG